AUGGUGAGCUGGUGGCAGGCUCUCACGCGCGCCGCCGGGCGUUACCCUUGGCCAGCGAACGUACUGCUUUACGCCGGGUUCUUCUCGGGCGGCGACGCGCUGCAGCAGCUGCUGCGGGGCGGCCAGCCCGACUGGCAACAUACGCGGCACGUGGCUACCGUGGCCGUGGCCUUCCACGCGAACUUAAACUAUGUGUGGCUGAGCCUGCUGGAGCGCGCGCUGCCUGGGCGCGCGCCGCGCACCAUCCUGGCCAAGGUGCUGUGCGACCAGGCUCUGGGCGGGCCGGUGUACGUCUCUACCUUCUAUGCCGAUCAGCUGGACAUCAUCUCCAUGGCAGAGACAACCAUGAGGCCGGAGGAGAUCGAGCUGGAGAUGGCGAAAAUCCAGCGUCUCCGGGAAGUCUUGGUCCGACGGGAAUCUGAGCUCAGGUUUAUGAUGGAUGACAUCCAACUCUGCAAUGACAUCAUGGACUUGAAGCAGGAGCUGCAGAACUUGGUCGCCAUCCCAGAAAAAGAAAAAACUAAGUUGCAGAAGCAGAGAGAAGAUGAGCUCAUCCAGAAGAUCCACAAACUGGUGCAGAAGAGAGACUUCCUGGUGGAUGACGCCGAGGUUGAGCGGUUAAGGGAGCAAGAAGAAGAUAAGGAAAUGGCCGAUUUUCUGAGAAUCAAGUUAAAACCUCUAGACAAAGUAACCAAAUCUUCAGCCAGCUCCCCAGCAGAGAAGAAAGCAGACCCCCCGCCUAGCAAGCCCACGGUGGCCAAGACGGGGCUGGCGCUCAUCAAGGAUUGCUGCGGGGCCGCCCAGUGCAGCAUCAUGUAG